UGUAAUCCAUUUAUUAUUGGGUUUGAUGAUCCAUGAAACACUUGUUUUGGUACCAAAACGCCUGGUGUCACAAAACAAUGAUUCAUUGAGCAUUUCAUAACUUUUUGGAUUAUACUUAUUAUUUUAUUUCUAAAACUUAAAGUGGUAUUUUUCACUAAAACCCUUUAAAAAUAUUCAGUCUCAAGAACCCCACUCCACAUUGGCUCGGUGGCUAGGAGAAGAAGAUGGAAGAGAACUGCGAAGAUUGCAUGAGAUGGGAAGAACAACUCUACUGGAAUCAUUUUCAAACCGUCCAUUUCUCUCAGCUCCUCCUUCCUGGCUUUCACAAUCUCCUUGCCAUACCUAAAAAGUUUUCCACAUAUUGCAAAAGAAAACUACCCAAGAUUGUAACACUCAAAAGUCCAAGCGGCGCUAAAUACAACGUGGGGUUAGAGGAAGAUGAUGAAAAGACUCUGGCUUUUCGCUGUGGGUGGGACAAGUUUGUGAAAGAUCAUUCUCUCCAUGAGAGUGAUCUGUUAGUCUUCAAGUUCAACGGAUCAUCUGAGUUUGAAGUGCUGAUCUUCGAUGGAGACACCUUAUGCGAGAAACCCACUUCUUAUUUCGUCAGAAAAUGUGGACAUGCAGAGAAGACCAGCAGAGCUACAGAUUUCACUGCAACCUCUUCAAGAUCUCCUAAGAGACACAUUAACAUCCCUGAUGAUGUUGAAACCACAGUGAACCAGCAGGGACCUGUAAAAGUAUCUCCAGUUGGUAAUGAGCUAGAUGAUCUCAUUGAUAUUGAUACAAUGUUACCUCAGACUGGUAUUGAGCAAGAGGAACAUAGUAACUCUGACAUUGACACAGACUCUGGCCAGCUUCCUGUAAUAUCUCCAACUAGUAAAGGGCCCAUCAGUGAAGGGAAGUAUCCCAUUGGUGUUUUUAAGAAGAUGCGAGGACAAAUAAGUAUCAAUGAUCUCAAUCGUAAAGCUGGUGGUAGCAGAAGAAGAGUAGGUGAGACUAACAAAAGGAAAGCAUUAUCUCUGGCUAAAAGAGCCGUUUCGAGGAAAGGUUUCUUGGUGGUCAUGAAACGCUCUCAUGUGGUAUCAAAGUGUUUCCUGUAUGUCCCUGUCCAAUGGAGCGCUAGGAACAUGUCUCGUGAACCUCAGGAUGUAGUGAUGCAGGUGGGUGAAACAAAAUGGCAGUUGAAGUUUAAACAUUACGGAUCUAAAGGUCGUGGUGGGGUUUCAGUGGGGUGGAAGAAGUUUGUAAGAGACAACAACUUGUGUGAAGGUGAUGUUUGUGUGUUUGAGCCAACCAAGCCCGAGGCUAAACCGUUUCAUCUCGAUGUUUAUAUCUUUCGUGCUGCAGAAGCGGAGAGUAGCAACAACACCACAAGUGAAUAACCAAAGCAAGAAUGGUUACUAUACCAUGUACAUAAGGUUAACGUAAGAAUGUAUAUGUGUCGUAGUUUUUCUCAUAAUGCUUCUAGUGAAAGCCUUUUUGUCGUUUUGUUGUCUUAUGAAGUGUAGCAAACUUGCAAUGUUACAAGAAUCUUGUGUAGGGUGUAAGUAUAAACAAACGGAAGUGUGUUUUUUUUUUCUUGUUGUGAUUGGGAUGUUCACAUUAACUAAACCGAAAUGAACCGAAUCUGUCUAUCUGUUGGUUCGGUUUUUUGUAGAACAAAAUAACCGAUUGGUUUAGUAAAAUUCUCUUUAAUUUUC